GUGGAAUCGUGGUCUCCGUCGCCGUCGCCUUUAAGGGAGAGGGGAAGGGAAAGCGGUGGUUGUUGGAGGAGCGAUGGUAAUGGACUUUCCGUUGGAUGACAAUGGUGCGACGGCGUUUUCGUCCUCCUCUUCUUCUUCGCCCUUUCUCCACCCAAAUUGCCUCGCAGGCUUCGCCGGAGACUCUCGGAGUCUAAGUCCCCGCAGAACUGUACUGUCGAAGAUAUCGAAGCGAAGCUCCGCCACGCCGAUCUUCGCCGCCAGCAAUGCGAUGGGAAAUUGUCAAACAAGGCUCGAGCAAAGCCCAGAAGCCCAUCACGGUCCUCAUCUAAUGAGGAAGAUCUUGGUUAGCGCCUUGAAGCGAAGCUCCAAGCUGCUGAGCAGAAGAGUAAUCCAUUAUGGGCAGCAAGUUGGUGCCGAGUUCAGUACAACAAAGUGAGCUGAGCGUGUUAACCAUGUCCAACCUCGACAUCAUGAACCACAUUUACGCAACCCAUGUUCAUGGUGACGAAAAGUUUGAUGUUGAGUCUCUUUUCGUUCUCGUCGAAAACAUCCUUAAGCGUGCCACCCUAAUUGUUGACCAUGUUGCACUGGUACACUACCAUAAUUCUUUAUUAGAAUAAGAUGCUCUCUCUCUCUCUCUCUCUGUCUUGUUUAUUUUCUUUUUCCUAAAACGGAAUUUUAACUUGGACUGAAGCAUUCCAUAGUUUGGAAUACACUAUAGUGAGGUAGGGUAGCCAUUACUUUUACCAAAGAAAUUGAAAAACCACUUCAGCCUUAACGAAGUGGAAUAAGCACACAAGGUUGCUUUACAUUUUUGUUUCUUUAAA